UUGAAAAUGUGCACGAAUUAUUUGGAAACACAAGUUGGAAACCAUAUUCGUUUGAUCGAGAGGAAGGAUUUUGAAGAAACAAUAAAAAUGAUCAGCGACAAUCUCUACGCACUAUGGCUACACAAUUUGAAAAAUUAUUUUAGAAAAAACACAAAUACUCAGAUCAUUCUACUCGCUGUCACCACAGCGCUAAUGAUUUUGCUUGAUGAAGACAUCUGGACGUUCAUUUUUAUCAUCUUAGCUCAAGAAUCGUCGCUGGCAUUGGCAUGCGUUUUAAAAUUCUACAGGGAUAUUGGAAACGAACUGAAAGACUUGAGGCCUUUUGGAGUAGUUGCGAAAAAACAUACCAAAUUCUGGGUGUUAGAUGGAAUCAUAAAUAACCAAAAACAGAUUGUUGGAUCCGUUGCUCUUGCUACACCUGAUGGUGAAGUCUACGACCAAAAAACAACAGUGGCUUUGAAGAGAUUAUCUGUCACGCCAAUUCUACGAAGAAUGAAAAUUGGUUCCAGGAUGCUUGAGCAUGCUAUACAACAAGCUACAAAACUGGGAUUUCAGCGUAUGGUGCUUUAUUGCGGAGACAGGCAACAGCCGGCCCUAAAAUUAUACAAAAAAUAUGGAUUUGAAAUAACCAAGAUUAUCGAUAGAACAAUCUUAUCUGUUUUGCCGGAUGUGCCGAUACUUUGUAUGGAGAAGCAACUACGUUAAAGUUAAUAGCCAACAUUGAAUAUCUCUUUUUAAAUUCUUAAAAUAGUUCUAAACAAAAGAGGGAAAAGCGAGAAAUUUGUAUUAAUACAUAGUUCUCUCGCUAAGAUAUUUCGACAUAAGUUCACUUGAUGCUGAAUUCUUUAAAUUUAAUAAAACUCAAAUUAGAAUGAUCCUCACUGGUCGCAAAAAAAUUGAAAAAAUGAAGAUAAUAGCUUUCAUUAAAUACCAACUUAUUAUCGAGUGAAAAGCGAUUGGUAGCAAAUUAUAUCCAAUUACAACAAAAAGAAGUAUUAGAUGUUUUAUUUUGUAUAAUAAUUGAGGACUUAUGGAAGUCUUUGGGAACAAAUACCACAUUGAUUACUCCAUCACUAGCGCUUACAGACAACAUGACUUCAAAUAUGGCGGAGAAUUGAUAUUAAUGUCCACUCAUGUUGUAGCAUGCGCAUUUCAAUUUCAUAAUAUUUUCAAAAUUGUCCCGCCAUCAGUCUCAUGCUCAGCAAAAGGCAUGCGGCGUAUCCAGUCACAACAACUCGUCAAUGUGCUUCACACCUCGCAUUACCUGCAUAUGCCACUGAAAACAAGACUAACGAAAGCGUGCUGAACUCUCACGAACAAGAGACAAUUAUGGAGACGCUCAUAAUAAUUAUUCUCACGAAUAAUACGAUAAUAACGUGACGCAACGCAGAUUGCGGUACAGGUUUAAGAUGCAGACGUUGGGCAAAUACCACGAUAUGAAUCUGAAUGGAACCUUAAGUUUGUUACAUCAGAAUUUGCAAAAAGCAUUCUCCAGUUGUGGUAAACGCUAGCUCGGUCUAUCAAGAUGAACAGAAAAUUUCGAAUUCGCGAAUUACAGAGAGAAUAUCUCCCAAUAGUCAGGAAAAUUGUUAGAAACGGACUACACGGAUAUUUUCAUCUGCCUUUGUUCAACCCUUUCACCAGCAGCAUUUGAACUAGCACGAGAUUUCGCCAGAUUACUGGCGCGAUUACCGAUCGCAAGGGUGGGCAAAAUAGAAUAUUUCAAGUCGAAUAUUUUCAGUGAAUUCUCGAAUAUUGGAUAUUUUUAAUACAUAUACAACAUGCAUCCAUAACGCUAGACAUUCUAAAGUUGGUGAGCUACAUUUCUGUCCGUCCUCUUUUAUAAGAAGGACCAAUACUUACGUAACGGCGAACCUCGAAAUUUGGUUUUAUAUUUCUGGGAGAACUAUGCAUUCAUAUCGGCGAAAUAUGUUAAAGACGACUACGAAGGAGUGAAUUCGAGAGUCAUUGCGUGAAUCCUGAAUGUUAUUUUGAGUGCAAAUAAUGAUUUAAUAAAUCUGCAAUAACGACAAUUAUAAUAGUUAAAUAAUAAUUCCUUGGUAAAAUUUGGAAAAAAUUACGCACAAUAAUUUGUUACUAUGUUUGACAUUUCCAAUUUUACGAAACGGCGUUAGUGCGCUUUAUGCAAAACUAAGAAUUGAAACAAUGCGCAAAUACGACUCCUCAAAUUUGUCGCGCACACACAAGGGAGGAGUAAAUUUUAACAAGUUCCAAUAUUCCAAAUAGUAUCUUUCAUAGUAGUCCAAAUGUCACGGUACGGAGAUGUUGCUACCGUGGUUGUAGAUGAAUCAGAAGACUCAAGGAUUCCGGAUUGGUUGUUUAUUGUACGGCAACUCCAAUAUCAAACUUAAAACAGCAUAACAGAUUACAUCACUGAAGAACUAAAAACACGACCGACCGCCAGCGCGGCAGCCGGAGAAAAGAGAUCGAAAGUUUUUGCCUCACAUGUAGUGAGUGGUCGGAGUCCAAAUCCGACAAAACAGCAUUAAAUAAGGGUCAACAUAACAGUCUAUAAACAUAAAAAAAUAUAUAAACACAAUAUAAACACGGACACUUUAGUCCGCGACACUAAUUCGAAUAUGCAAUUUGACCGUAAGCAGCAUCUAUCUUUUUUUUGUCUUUGAAAUUACAAAUAAAUAAAAUUACUAAUUUUUAGAUAAAACAUUUCAUAUCAUUACUAAAAUUAAG